UUGUGCAUUGCGUCUCUGCAUUGCAUUAGACGCAAUGUAUACAUAAUUUGAUAACAAAUUAUUUACAGUGCGGAAUAUAAUUGCAUUUUAAUUAAUUAAACUAAUUUGUUAGGCAAAUAAAAAUGUGUAAUAGCCGCUUAAUAAAAUGUCAUACAAAAAUGUUUGUACUGGCAGUGCUGACAGAUAAUAUUUAGCACUAAUAAAUUUUAUGAGAAGAAUGUCGAUUUAAUGUAACGUAAAUUAUAUACACAAAUAAAUAUAAUUGUACAUAUUUUUAUGAUGGAGAACUUUUAUAUAGUCGAUGGUGCUAUAGUAGAAAGAGAUACACAAACCAAUGAUGGACUUGAUUCAGAUUCAAUACUUUCGGGUAAUAAUGAGAUAAAACUACAUUGUAAUAAUAAAGUCAGUAACAAAAAUGAGGACGCAAAACAGUUUGACGAUAAAGAGUGUAGCAAUACCAACGUAGACAAAAGUGCUGAAGUUGUUGAUCUUGACUCCUCCUCGGAACUCAGCGUGGAUAACUCUGAACUGAAAAUAAUAAUCGAUGAUAGUGAAAAAGAAGACGAAAGCAGUGACGAUGUAAUCGAAAUAGUUGAAGUAAAAAAUGCGUUGAAUAAGAAUCCAGAGAUUCAAGAUAGCUUGAAGGAUAAUGAAUUAGUAAAUGUUACCACAAUCGGAGACGUUACAUUACCAUCGUUCAAAGUGAAAGUAAACCAAAUAGAAUCCAAUAUCGAAACUGAUAAAAAUAAUAUGUUAAAUGACAAAAAAAAUACUGAUGCAAAAAAAGAUGACAGAAUGAAUAUUGAUGGGGAUGAUGAUGGUAUAAUAGAAAUUGUUGAAGUAAAUAAUAAGUUGAAUCAAAAUCCAAAAAUUGAAAAUAUCGAUAACUUGAAGAAUAUUAAAUUACCGAACGUUACAACGGUUUUUAAAGCAUCCUUUGAAGUGAAAAACAACCGUUUAGUACCGUUUAGUAUUGAAACCAUAAAAAGUGAAAUGUUAAAUGAUAGCCAGAAAAUUUAUGAUAAAAAAGAGAAAGGAAUGAUUAUCGAUGGUGAUAAUGUUGGGAUAAUAGAAGCAGUUAAAGUGAAAAGUACGUUGAAUGAAUAUAUAAAACUUCAAAAUAUCGAAAAGUUGAAGAAUGAUAAAUUAAUAAGCGUUACCACAGUCGAAGACGUUUCAUUACCAUCAUCCAAAGUGAAAGAAAAUCAAAAAGAAAUAGGACCUGGUAUUGAAACUGUUAAAAAUAGCAUGUUAAAUGAAAGCAAAGUAAUUGAUGAUAAGAAAGAUGAAAGUAUACAUAUUAAUGAUGAUGACAGUAUAAUCGAAAUAGUUCAAGUAAAAAAUACAAAAAUUCAAGAUAUUAAUAGCUUAAAGGAUAACCACUUACCAAGCGCUACAACGGUCCAUGAUACUUCAACGCCAUACCUGAAAGAGAGAGAAAACCGAGUAGAAACCGAUAUUGAAACCGAUAUUGAAACCAUGAAAAAAGAAGUGUUAAAUGAGAACAAGGAAAUAGAUAAUAAAAAAGAGAAAGGAAUGAUUAUUGAUGACGACGAUGAUGAUGGUAUAAUAGAAAUAGUUGAAGUAAAAAAUACAUUAAAAGAAAAUCCAAAAAUUCAAGAUAUCGAUAGUUUAAAAAAUGAAUUACCAAGCGUUACAACGGACCUUGAUACUUUAUCGCCAUCCCUCAAAGAGAAAGAAAACCAAGUAGAAUUCGGUAUUGAAUCCAUAAAAAAAGAAGUGUUGAAUAAUAACAAGAAUAUUGAUGACAAAAAAGAGGAAGAAAUAGUUAUAGAUGACGAUGAUGAUGGUAUAAUAGAAAUAGUUGAGCUUAAAAAUACAUUGAAUGAAAAUCCAAGAAUUCAAGAUAUCGAUAACUUGAAGGAUAAUAAGUUAGUAAGUGUUAACAUAGUCGAAGACGUUUCAUUACCAUCCUACAAAGAGACGGAAAACCAAAUAAAAUCAGGUAUCGAUCCCAUAAAAAAUAAAAUUCUAAAUGUUAAAGAUAUUGAUAAUAAAAAAGCAGAAAGAAUGAUUACAGAUGAUGAUGACGACGACGGUAUAAUUGAAAUAGUUGAAGUACAAAAUACAUUGAAUGAAAAUCCAAAAAUUCAAAAUAUUGAUAACUUGAAGAGUAAUAAAUUGCCAAACGUUACAACGGUCCUUGAUACGUCAUCGCCAUCCCUCAAAGAGAAAGGAAAGCGAGUAGAAUCCGGUAUUGAAAUUGAAAUUGAUGAUAAAAAAGAAGAAGGAAUAAUUAUUGAUGAUGAUGAUGAUGGUAUAAUAGAAAUAGUUGAAGUAAAAAAUACAUUAAAAGAAAAUCCAAAAAUUCAAAAUAUCGAAAACUUGAGGGAUAAUAAAUUAGUAAGUGUUAACAUAGUCCAAGACGUUUCAUUACCAUCCUACAAAGAGAAACAAAACCAAAUAGAAUCCAGUAUCAAUCUCAUAAAAAAUGAAAUUCUAAAUGACAGCAAAAAAAUUGACGAUGAGAAAGAAGAAGGAAUGAUUACAGAUGAUGAUGAUGAUGACGGUAUAAUAGAAAUAGUUGAAGUAAAAAAUACAUUGAAUAAAAAUCCAAAAAUUCAAAAUAUUGAUAGCUUGAAGGAUAAUCAAUUAUCAAGCGUUCUUAAGGCUUCAUCUUGUAUUGACCCCAUAAGAAAUAAAAUAUUAAAUGACAGCAAAGAAAUUGACGAUGAGAAAGAAGAAGGAAUGAUUACAGAUGAUGAUGAUGAUGACGGCGUAAUAGAAAUAAUUGAUGUAAAAAAUGUUAAAAACUUGCAGGAUAAUAAAUUUUUAAGCAGUAUCAGGACCUCUUGCGAUUCAUCGGCAUCAACAUAUAAAUUGAAAGAAACACAAUCACAAAACACAAAAUCUAAUCGUAAACUUGAACUCAGUAAAGAUCUUUCUGGAUUAAAAUCCCAGUUUGAAACAAUAAAAAAUAGAUUGUUAAUUGACAACAAAGAAGUUAAUGAUGAGAAAGAAGAAGGAAUGAUUUCUGAUGACGACGAUAUGGACGUUGACAUGGCUUCAAUAGAAAAAUCUAAUAUUGAUAAUAUAAACAUUCCAAAUAUUUCUAAAGCAGACGAUAAAUUGCAAAUUACUACUAAUAAAUUCAAAGAAUCACCACCUAAACACGGAAUAAAAAGAAAGUAUAAUGAAGACGAGAAAAGUGAUAUUGGUCUAAAAAUUAAAAGAACUAAGAAUGAAUCAUUCACAGAUUAUAAAACUGCAAUCGGUGAUAAUUUAUCUAUAACAUAUAACAGCAUGCAAGAGGCACGAAAAAUAAAUGUUUCUAAUAGUAAUAAAACUAGUUUAAAAGACAAAAGAAAAUCACCCACUAUUUAUGUAAACGAUGGUGAAAUGCCGAGCACCUCAAAAGGAACUGCAUGCUCAACUUCAGGUUUUUUUAAUUCUAGUAUAAACGAUGAUGACAGGCCGAGCACUUCAAGAAGAUCAGAAUGCUCAUCUCCAGAUUAUUCUGGCAUUGAUAAAUUAUUUUUUAUUGAUACAACUCCCGGAUUAGAUCCCAAUGAUUGUGUUCCAUCGUUUAAGGCUGUUAGUAAAAACAAAAAAGUUGAAGAUAAAAAUAAUUGCCCUCAAUCAAGAAAUAGUCUUUGUUUUAAUUGCGGUUCUACAGAACAUCCAUUAUCUAAAUGUACAGAACCUAAAAAUAAAAAAAAUAUAACCCGCGCUAAAAGGCAAUUUAAGAGUAAUAGCGAAAGAUAUCAUAAGAAGUCAUGUCGUUAUGAGCACAUAAAACCGGGACAGAUGGAUGAUGAAGUAACAAAAGCGUUAGGUUUACGUAAGGGUCAAAUGCCAUCAUAUAGAUAUGAAAUGCGUAAACAUGGUUACCCACCUGCUUGGCUGAAAGCGGCUGAAGUAGAAUCAUCAGGCUUAAGUAUUAUAAUACAGAGUGACGACCCGAAAAAAGCAUUUGAUUCUAGACCAAAAUAUCGUAGAUCAGACAUUAUAGAUUUUCCUGGAUUCAAUUCCAUACCUUUUAAAGGAUUCUAUGAUGAUUAUAAAUUUCAUAACGUUCCACCAUUGACACCAAACCUAAUGAAAGAUGCAUUUUUAAAAACCUUAGAGCCGUAUUUAGUUGAUGAUGAAUUUGGACUAAUAGAUGAUUUCGGAAACGACUCAAUUGAAAGUAACAAAAAUCUUUCAACAGAUUCAAUAGACAUGGAAUUAGAGAAUGAUGACGAAGAAUGUAAUAGUGUUGAAUUUUGUGGUCCAUUAUUACCGAACAAAAACAAAGAUAAUGAUGUUAGCUCAGAUACUGCUGAAAAUUUAGACAAAGAAUUUGAUAGUUCAAUGGAACAGAAUGUAACGCAAGAUGAAAAUUCUCUUUCAACUCCCAAAACUAAUGCUAAUAUUUCUGCUACGCUUGACUCAUAUGUCAGUACACCUUUACUUAAUUUUUCAGGAUAUGAAAAACUUCCGCCAAUAUCCAAUUUUCAAAAGGAUGUUAGUUGUGAGUUGUUGCUAUUCGAAAAUCUGCCCGGUUCAACUGGAUCGUAUACAAAAAUUAAAAAUUUACUUGAUAAAUUCAAGCAGAAUUAAAACGAAUAGAAACAAAAGAUCAAGCAAAAAAAUAUAUUCUAUAUGUUAAUGAUUUACUUAUUAAGUCCUAUAAUGUAUUUUGAAAUAUAUUAAUUGCUUGUUCCAUACUUUUGCCAUAACAAACUAAGGAUUUGUUACAGAAACAAAUUUAGGUGUGCAUUCACACUACUCUUUUGCAGCAAUCCGAACUUAGGGUGUUCAAGUUUUAAUAAAGAAAGCUAAACCGAUUUCUGCAAUAAUACUGCAACAAAACCAAAUUCUCCAAUAUUUGCAAUAAUUUCUGUUAUACUGCGAGUAGGCACAAUAUAAAUAGAAAUCGAAUUUCAUUUCUUUGGGGAAAAAACUUCCAAGAGAGAUAUACUUUUCGAAUGUUAAAGUUAAGAAAUGUAUAUAUUAUAUAUAUAUAAAAGUGGUAUAUAGGAUAUAUAUAUAUAUAUGUAUAUAAUUAUAAGAUACAGUUUUAAUUAUGUGAUCUGUAGAAUGCGUAGCAGAGAAAGAUGUUAUAUGUUAUGCAGUAUAUAUUGCUUAACAAACAGUAUUAAAAACAUAUGUAUGUUUUUUUUACAAAACGACUCCGAUAUGCUAUACAGUAUAUGCGCAUCAUACAAACAAUAUUAAAGGCACAUCUUUUUUAUAAAAAUGUUCUUAAUAUUCAUUUAUGAUUCCUCAUUCACAUAACUUAAUUAGUUUCAAUAGAUUUUUUUAUCUAAUUCAACUGAAAACUGUACGUAGGAUGAUGUGCCGUUGUGUCUAAUAUGUUGUAUACAUAUAAAAUAAAUCUUUCUCAUAUAGUAGAGAAAGAUGCAAAUAAUGUUAGUUGUCUAUAGAUUAAUGCAAUAAAGUACUCUGAAUUCAGACUAUAUAGACAUUUUUAAGUAACUUAAUUUAAUAUCAAUUGUAUAUAAAUUUUAAACUUAUGCAAUAGAAGCCAACCAGCUUAUGCUAUAGAUA